UCGGUUAUCUCGUGUAUUUGUGCGCGAUGAUUGGAGGCGGCUAAUUAAAGCUAGCCGCGUCAACCUUGCGGCUAAAUAUUAGUCACUGCUAUCAUUCACCGGCAAAUCACGUCAUACGAAAACCGUAUGUGAAUGUUGAGCAAGCUUUUUAAAAAGCGCACAAGGAACGUUUGACAGCACUUCCUCGACUUUCCUUUCUUGCAUUAUAUCUGCCCUGACACAACGAUCACGAUGCCCAUUAUGUCCCACUCUGCCGUAGUCAAAAACAGUCGACUACCUCCAGUCAUGUCCUGUAAACGGACUCCACAUACAUGGCGAAUCACCGGCAUUCCGAAAGGGAAUAUUGCCAUCUGUUGAGCAUCUCAAGCUUAAUAGUCGUUGAUGUCAUUAUAGACUCAAUCACAUUUGGCCAUUUUUAAUUCUCCAUGCUCCAUUCCCGCCCUGGGUAUCCUACCUCGACAGUUUGCUUGUCUAUCUUCUAUAUUUGCUCCGCCGGACUAUCAUCACUUGCUCAGCUUCUGUUUCACAGGUCGUACUUUAGUCCCUAAAGAUACGGCCUCUUACCAGCUGACAGGACAAUGUCCUCAACUGCACUCAGCUUUGCUUCAUCCGUGCCACCUGUUGGUACGGAACUGCCCUGGUUCAAAAUUUCCCCUGACGGCAGAACACGCUCCUCUAGAGGAUCGAGCAAUGAUAAUGAAGAAUUACGUGGUGACGGCUGGGUUAAUGAAGACCUUCGGGCCGGAGGCCCAACCCUUGCCCCUGUACCUUCCACUACAAUAUCACUCCCGCAAGGAAGCCCGUAUACAUCUACGCUGGAUGCACGUAAAGAGUUAAGCAAAAGCGUCCGAUCCAUCCUCCAGCAGUCAGGAGUUACUGCGACGACAUUUACACUAUGCUACCGCCAAUGUCUACUUUUUGUGGAAGAUGAGCUCGUGUCGACGCUUCUAGUUGUUGCAGAGAAGAAGUCCCCCGACGAAAAUUGGCUUUCCGUUAGCCGAGAAAUAUACCAGCUUCUUGAAGCAAAUGAUCUGUCUCAGUUCAAUGUUGAGAUCUGCGAUGAACGAGUCCACAUACCGAAAAAUUCGUCUCCGGUUCCAUCCUCUGACCCAAUCUACGCUCUAUGGGACGACGUCCUUAAGCAGAUUCUAAAUAGCAUCGACUGCAGCUCUGUUCUAGCCAUAGAGUGUUUCCGCUAUAGCGCGAACCUCGACGGAGAUAAAAAUCCCACCGCCGUCCUAGUCACAGUUAGCCGUUCUUCAGGCGGCCCAUGGAAGGAUACCAGAGAAGCUAUAGUAUCAAUUCUGGAUCGGUAUAACCUCCACCAUGUUGCCGUAAUAAUUAGCCAAGGACAAAUAUACCGAGGCGCGGGUAGCUUGGAUCAGGAUUUACCGGAUAAUGCGUGGAAUAACCAGAUGAAAGUCGGACUAAGCCUCGGAAUAUACCAAUCUCGGCACUCUUCCUUUACAUUUGGAGGCUGGAUUGAGGUCAAACAAGAAGAUGGGUCAGCUUGGAAGAGGCUUGGUUUAACCUGCUUCCAUUCCGUAUAUCCAGAUCUAAAUACCGUCUCCAUGGAUGACCGAAGUAUCUCCAUACAUAGCCUUAUUGGCAAAAGAAUCACUCUAGAGCAGCCUUCAUUGAAAGACACAACAUCAGUCCUGGAGGAUAUGAAGAAGGAGCUAGACCAGAAACCACCUAGCUGUUUUGCAGCUAUCAAAGAAACCGUCGAAAAAGGUGGAGAUGUGAGCCCAAGGUCGCGCAGACUUUAUGACGAGAUAACGGCAGAAGACGCCGCCAUCUCUGAGACAAUUGCGCAAAUAGACCAUACGACGACCUACUUCUUUCCCACCUCCCAAUAA